GCGACCGCAGUAACAACUCAGAGAGAUACUUUGUCGACAUGGUGCUGUUGGAAAUUUUACUUCUUGCAGCGGUAUUCGGUUCCACUCCGGCAGCGGUCCCCAAUGCAACCUUUCACAAUGCGACCGCCGAUCACCAUCACUUCCUGAACAGCACAAAUAUCACCCUGCCGAUGCCAUUCACCACCGUCGCAUACUUGCCGUCGCAGCCGGAAACGGUUGGAGCCUCUCAGUCGCCAGCAGCGUCUGGGAUUCCACUCUACAAGCACCCGCACUAUGACCAAAGUGGAACGGCUUUGUGGUUUCCUCGAAUCGUUGGUGGCACACCAGCCACGGUGGGAGAAUUUCCGUCCAAAGUGUCGCUACAGUUAGUCCAGAACUCGGGACACUUCUGUGGGGGAACGCUGCUUACGAUGAGACACAUUCUCACUGCGGCACAUUGCGUUACGAACAUCGAGGGAAUUCCGUGGAGUCCUUCGACGAUACAAGCUAUGGCCGAUGACUUAAACGUCCUGCCGAGAAUGGGAAGCCCUGCUCGACAAGUCCGGAAGGUAAGAUUUGUUACCAUUCACAACAAGUACCACCCGGCAAAGCUUCACAACGACAUUGCGAUCGUGCGGCUGGAGAGUGACUUCACCAAAACCAACACCCUGUAUCCGACGAUGCGCGUUUCCAGUGCCCCAGCUGCGGGAGAAAUUUGCUCACUGGCCGGUUGGGGGGUAACAUCCGAGCACUCGCAAACCAUCAGUCCGACGCUGCAACGCGUGAAUUUGGGUGUGGUCGACUUCGAACGGUGCAAUCUCGUCUAUCAGGGUUCGCUGACCAGUGGAAUGAUGUGUGCCUGUGCUCCAGGUAGGGAUGCCUGUCAGGGUGAUUCCGGUGGGGCACUGAUUUGCCAUAAUCGCGUUGCCGGUGUGGUCAGCUUUGGUGCCGGAUGUGCCCAUCCGGAUUUUCCAGGGGUGUACAUGGAUGUGGCGCACUACGAAAAGUGGAUCAGUAAGGUUGUGAGCGGAGCUGUUCGGUUCGAUCGGUUUUCCGUGGGGAGUUUCCUUCUGGUUUUGGGUGUUCUUAUGAAAACACUGGUCGGUUGGAUGUAGGAUAAAAAAGGCCAGUUUUAUGAAUAGAAAGAAAAAAUAAUAAAAGCUUCUCGAAAUACCGUGAUUCAUGACACCAAUAUUGAUUUAGAUAAAAAUUC